CACUGAUAGAGAGCGAGUGCCACAGCAAUCGCAAGUUUUAAAUCCAAGCCACGGUACCCUACCAGUUUGGCAUUCUUACUGCAAGACAUCAAUCGAAUCAAGCUCAAAAAUGGUGCAGGGUUUGGGCUUUCUCAGCAAGAAGAGCUGGCACACGAAAAACAAGGCCAACCAGGAAAAAGUAUGGCUCGCGGAACAGAAGAAAGAACAAGAAACGGCAAAGGCGAAGGAGCUGGCCCGCGAGAUUCAGCAGGAACGGGAGGCGGAGGAAUUCCACCGGAUCGCCGGGAAAAACUCGACCAAGCUGGACCGCGGGAUCGACUGGAUGUACCAGGAGCAGGGAGGGGGAAACAACAGCGAGCUGGCGAAGGAGGACGCCGYGAAAAAGGCCGAGGAAUACCUGCUCGGAAAAGAGUUUGUGGGGGAGGGGGCGGUACAGGGAGACUUUGACGAUGGAGACCAGAAGCAGGGGAUCCACAGCGUGCUCGGAGCGUCMGACACGGCAAAGGCGGAAGGCCACUCUUCCGCUAUCUCGAGGGGGAACGCCUUCGAAGCCUCUGCUGGUCCCGAUCCCGACAGCGUCCAGUACCGCAACGAAAGCUUUCGUAUGAGGGUGGAGGAUCCGAUGUACCAAGUCAGUAAACGGCAGCACGAAAAACGAGAGAAGCACGACAAGGCGAAGGAGCUCUACCAGCGCGUCGUUGGGCCCGUCGAGGACGGCGAGGACGGGGCAAGCUCGGACGGCUGUGAUUCCGCCGGAGGCAAAAAGCGAAGCAAAAAGGACCGAAAGAAGCACAAGAAGAAAAAGAAAAAGUCUUCAAAACGCAGAAGGCACGAUUACGACGAUGAUGACCAAGAGAGCAGGGGCCAUCGCAGGCACAGACGACACCGGGGACGUUCGCGAUCGCGGAGUCCUACCAGAAGCAGGAGCAGAAGCGUUAGUUUGAGUCGAAGCAGGAGCAGGAGUAGAAGCAGAAGUUACGACCGCAGUGAUAGGCGCGGUGGAAAUUACGAUCGAGGCUAUGAUUCUCGGGGUGAGGAAAGCUACGAUAGUCAUCGCGACAGAUAUCGUGGUCGUGACAGGAGCCGUGAAYGGGGGGAUCGCAGYCGUGAYCGCGACCGUGAUCGUGACCGCGACAGAUCGAAUCGCGGUCGCGAGAACAGACACCGAAGACGCUACGACGACGAGCGGGAACGAAAGCCCCACAGAGGCAACAGCCGGAUGGGCGACACCCGGUACUCGCGAAACGAGAGGCGGUAUUACGAUGACGACAGGAGUCGGAACAGCACUCGAAAACGACCAUCGGAUCCAGAUCCAAGRGAAGAUGGACCCAAACGGAUGGAGGGAUACGGACUGAAGGGAGCCCCCGCUCCGGUGGUUGGCAACCGAGACAUUGGUCCGGAYCGAGCACUCCUACGAAAAAAGAGAGAAGAGGAGCAGAACCAGCGGACCYGGAACCAGCAGAUCGGCAGGUCCAGGAAACGGCUGACCGAAACCGAGCGCGCAGCGGCUCUGCAGCAAAUGCAGGCGAAUGCCCGGACRCGCGGGGACCAAAUGGUGCAAAAGGUAUCCAGGCGCAGCGAGGACGCCGGGGAGCAGGCAGCGGCUUCCUCCGGAAGGGGUGCGUCGUUCCUGAAGGACAUCACCACGACCGCCCACGGAAUCGGCUCUAACGAAACGGCGUCGCUGUCGGCUCGGGUGGCCCAAAACCGGCACACGAACCAGCGGCUUCACGAUUCGUUUUUGUAGUUGCACACUACGCAACGAGGGGAAUGGGCAUCAAACUAUUUGCAAACGUUACUGAAAUGGGAGAUGCUCUCUAAAGCUGACCUAAAUCCUAGCUUCUUCUUUCGUGUAGUAACACAUAAUUAUAUUAUCGAGGCAAUUUCUUAUCGGUCCGUACUUCGUUUGUUUCCCUUCAUGUAUUGAUUCCUUAUCGUAGCCAUCAUCAAUAUCAUAAGGAGCAAGCCAACAAGAAUACGCUGGGCUACCGGAGAUCCCCGGUGGACAAAAAUCUGAUAGCCCCAGAUGCCAUCCUUUGUGAGAACCAUCACGUCCGUGGAUCCAUCGCCGCUCAGAUCCGCAAGAAUGGGUUUCGCUUCCGAGGUUUGUGGGAACGGGGCGGUUGCCAAGAUACUCCCCGUUUUCACGGACAGCACCGACAAACUGUUUUCUCCCGCCAGGAGGAGAGGCCGGAUGGGUGGUGCGACCAGGUUGGAUUGGAGGCGGGUAAGGAGCGCCAAGUGGUUGUUUUUCUCGUACCAGAAGGGGAAGUCUUCCGUUUUGUGCGCACCGGAAACACCCCACAUGCGCUGGCCCUUGGAUCCGUGGAUGCGAUGGACCAUCCCGUUGUUCACGGCUACAACGAUAUCGUGUUUGCCUCCCGCCCUGCCCAGCGACUCAACGACGAGUGGAUUGACGGCGUCCAGGGCCUUGAUUCGAUCCAGUUUGGCUCGCUCGGAGGGCUUUCCACAAAUGGGAGCCGAGAAGAUCUCUUCACGAGCAGGGAUUCCAGAAAGAGCCAAAACAUGGCACAGCUUGGGCUUGGAAUCCACCACGUCCUCCAUAGCGGCACCGUCUGACUUGAUUUUCUCGUGGUUUUGCAGUAGUCUUCCAGCUAGCUUCCAAACAAACUUGUCGUCGGGUUUGAGGGUUUUCGUAUGCAGGGCAACCUGGACCUGGUCUAGCACACCAUCGUUGUUGAGGUCCGAGUAGAGGUUUUCCUCC